AUGUCGUCGUCGUCGCAACAACCGUCCACGAAUGCCGUACCCGACACGCAACUAGGGCUGACAGAAGACGAGAUUCAAAUCCUUCGACAUGGACAGCAGGCAGUGGCGGCAGCUGGGUCCUCGUCCUCCCGCGCCGCGAGCAGGGCGUCUUCGCAGGGGCUACUCAUGAUUGACAGCUCGUCUCUGUCCGCGCUGGGCCGACAUUUUGACCGAGUCAUGCAGCAUAUUCAGCAGCGGCUCGAGUACCUGAUGGAACAAUCGCAAAUAGUAACUCUGAGCGUCUAUGACCAGAGUGGUCAGCUCAUCGACAAUGCCGAUGCCGAGAUUGCGCGCUACCACGACAUCAUGGCGCAGAUAGACGAGCUCGAGCUGGACUUUGACCGCAUCAGACAUAUCCGGGAUAUUGUUAGGGACUAUCGCCGGCGUGCUGAGGAGUUGGAGCGUGAGCUGGAGCGGUCAGGCGGCGGUGGGUCGUCGAGACGGGAUCGUGGGCAUCGGUCACAUCGACAUCGGACAUGA